UAUCAUUGAUAAUACUAGCAAGGAAAAUGGGAUUGACAUUGUCAUGGAAGACAGAACUUAUCACUUAAUCACUGAAUCUCCAGAAGAUGCAAGUCAGUGGUUCAGCGUUUUGAGUCAAGUUCAUGCUUCCACAGAACAGGAAAUUAGAGAGAUGCAUGAUGAACAAGCGAAUCCACAGAAUGCCGUGGUAAGGAAGGAUUUUGAAGGCAUCCUCUCAUCCUCUGGGGCCUGUGAUUUCCCCAGGCAACCCAAUUCAUUUGUGAUCAUCACAGCAAACCGUGUUCUUCACUGCAACGCUGACACUCCCGAGGAGAUGCAUCACUGGAUCACUUUGCUACAGAGAUCUAAAGGGGACACUCGUGUUGAGGGACAAGAGUUCAUAGUCAGGGGAUGGCUGCACAAAGAAGUUAAGAACACGCCGAAGAUGACUCUGCUGAAACUGAAGAAGCGGUGGUUUGUCCUGACGCACAAUUCUUUGGAUUAUUACAAGAGCUCAGAGAAAAAUGCUCUCAAGUUGGGCACCCUGGUGCUAAACAGCCUGUGCUCUGUUGUGCCCCCUGAUGAGAAACUCUUUAAAGAGACAGGCUACUGGAAUGUGACUGUGUAUGGACGCAAGCAUUGCUACCGCCUCUAUACUAAGCUGCUUAAUGAAGCUACCCGCUGGGCAAGUGCUAUCCAGAACGUGAUUGACACAAAAGCCCCAAUUGACACUCCCACACAGCAGCUUAUUCAAGACAUUAAGGAGAACUGCCUGAACCCUGAAGUGGNUGAAGUGGUUGAACAGAUAUAUAAGAGGAACCCUAUUCUUCGUUACACACAACAUCCACUGCAUUCUCCAUUGUUGCCUCUUCCGUAUGGAGACAUCAAUCUAAAUUUGCUCAAAGAAAAAGGCUACACUACUCUUCAGGAUGAAGCUAUCAAGAUCUUUAAUUCUCUGCAGCAACUGGAGUCUGUGUCAGAUCCCAUUCCUAUCAUUCAGGGCAUUCUUCAGACGGGACAUGAUUUACGGCCACUUAGAGAUGAGCUGUAUUGUCAGCUCAUCAAACAGACAAACAAGGUCCCUAACCCAGGGAGUGUGGGCAAUCUGUACAGCUGGCAGAUCCUCACAUGCAUGAGUUGCAUGUUUCUUCCAAGCCGGGGUAUUCUCAAGUACCUGAAAUUCCACCUGAAAAGGGUACACGACCAGUUUCCAGACACUGAAAUGGAAAAAUAUGCUCUUUUCAUUUAUGACUCUCUUAAGAAAACUAAAGGCAGAGAGUUUGUGCCUUCCCGGAGUGAAAUUGGAGCUUUAAUCAACAGACAGGAGAUGACCUCUACAGUCUACUGUCAUGGUGGUGGCUCCUGUAAGAUCACCAUUAACUCCCACACCACCGCUGGGGAGGUUGUUGAAAAGUUAAUUCGAGGUCUGGCCAUGGAAGACAGCAGAAAUAUGUUUGCCUUGUUUGAAUACAAUGGAACCACAGAAAAAGCCAUUGAAAGCAGAACUAUUGUGGCUGAUGUCUUGGCAAAGUUUGAAAAUCUUACAGCAUGGAAAUUUUACUUCAAGCUCUACUGCUUCCUAGAUACAGAACAUGUGCCAAAAGAUAGUGUAGAAUUUGCAUUCAUGUUUGAGCAGGUAAGAAAAAAGUAG